AUGGUGCGCGCAGGUUCACGAGCUCCCUCAGUGGGACAGAGCUCUGUAUCCAAGAUCCGCGACCGACGCAGCAAGAAGACCUACAAGGUCCAACUCGAAUCUGUCGUGACCAGAAAGAAGAAACUCAAACUCCACGACAUUCAAGGCUCAGCAAGGCCUAAAGAAGGCUACACCUUUCUCCCUGUUGGCUACGCCGAUCUAGCCGAGCGUUGUAAAGAAAAAUCAAGACAACUAGGCGUCGACGUAGCUGUUGUCUCCGUGCGUACCUUCAUGUCAAACUGGACCCUCCUUACAAAGCACUUCCUCCUACUCACCGUUCUUUUUCUGACCACUCACUUANNGGCUGGUACGAGACGCCCUGGACCUACAGACCCCCAGAAGCUUACCCACCACGUACACCGCGUUGGUUACCACUUCCGCUCCGACAUCUUUGACCAGGCCUGCAACUUCUUGGGCUACCGUGAGGUCAAUGGCAAGUUGGUCCGCGAUACUGGCUUUGACACCACUUCCCGCUUUGAGCGGACAAUUGCACGUUUUGCACCUCGCCUCGAGUUCAAUGCCAGCAACCGAACGACCGAGCAGAGCACCAAAGUCAAGGACUACAUUCGUGAACUCUUCCCAAAGAUCCCUGAAGCAGACCUGGAGGAAAUUUACAAGCGCGCAUGGGAGCAGGGCACUACAACCGUAGGUAAUGCAGCUGAUCUGUCGCUUUCCAGACAGGUACAGCUGGCCACGAUAGCUCGUAUCAGGCACACAUACACCGACUACGACAAGCUGCUCAAGUUGGUGUCCUGGAAGGAAGCUCGCCAAAUUGUCGAACCAAUGUCACUGACAAAGCUGAUUGAAUGGCGUGGAGAACACGAUGAUACAGAGGACUUUGAAGAGAUCCUUCGAGAGACCAUUGUCAUUGAUGACGACGAUGAGGAGCUAGACGAUGCUGACAGCGACACUGACAGUCACACUAUUGCUUCUGGAGAUGACGGUAGUGACACCAGUCUGGAGAUUGUGCAACAGACUUUGGCUCCCAAAGACCUCAAUGUCGGAGUCGGAGAAAAGAUCCGCAAUGCUGUCACCAACGUAGGGCGGGUGGCUGGCAGAGCUUUGCCCGCUGCAAUCCAAACUCGCUGGCACAAUGCCCGUAUGCAACAGCAGCGUGCUGAUCAGGCCGGUUUACCUAACGGCCAUGGCGGUCAGAUCUCUGUCCCUCUCGAUCAACGAGGUAAUGCCCCACGUAAGGUUGUCUCGGACGGGGUUGAGUAUGUACGGGUAAGUUCAUCUAUUUUCCUUCUCGUCACAUCUAUGGAUAGACCAUGUAACUUUACCUCUAGNAUUUCAUCGAGUCCAGAGCCUGCGAAGGAGAAGUAUCCCAAGCACAGCAUGCCUGGCGUGUGGCCUAACAGUGGUGCUAUGCCUGCAUCCGGUUAUUCUCAAGGCCCGGCGACUCACAGCCAUCCCGCUACCCAGGGAUCCUCAGCCUCGAGAGCACCACAGCACACUGGUGUGAACCGUCCUCCAAACGAGGUGCCGAUUUGGGACCGCCUUGAAAGAAGACCCAUGUAUCCGACAUUGGGAACACCAGUCGUUGAUCUCACAGCCACUCCCAGUUUGAGGGGAGGGUACGGUGAUAGAAUCUCCUACACAGGCCCUCCAGAGUUUGGAUUUCAUCCACAUGAACCGCCUGCGCAUGUUACCGCUCCGAGAGGAGUUCCGCAUCGCAACGUGUACAGACCAGGUAUGGCUGAUGACGAUGUGAUGUUCGCUGGAGCACAGACAAGACCACAAGGUCGCCGUCAUCAGUCAUACAACUAUGGCGGCACUCGUGAUCGGGUCGAGGUGAUCAAGCCGGAAGACUACCCCAUCCCCUCUCGCGAAGAGCCUCAUCCUGGCUAUCCUACGUUAGACCCAUAUCAUGGUGACACUGACAGAACGAAGGUGAAUGUGAGACCUGUUGCUGGUACUACUAUGCAGACAAGACCUGCACAACAUCAGCCCGUAUUUGGUCAACCAGCAUACCCUCAGAUGAGAUCGCAGACAGUGGCAAUGCAAGUGGUGCCUCGCCCAGUUCAUGGUGCACCAGCUGCAGUACAGCCGCUGCCACCUCAGGAGAGAGCACCUUCUGUAGGUCAGGCAGCACCAUCAUUUGGCGCGCCAUCGCCACAGAGGUUCUUCGUGGGUAGCAGCCAUCAGCCAUACUACGUGCCUGACAGAUGA